AUGUUUCACUUGAAGACAGAUUUGAGUAUCAUUACGAACUUUCUUAGAUUGAGGAAUGGGAAGAAGUGGAAAAGUACUUAUCUGGAUUCACUAAGAGAAAAUGAGCAAUUGUCUAAGUAUGGAGAUACCAAGUCUGCUAAGAGUAUAAUGCUUGCUGAACUUAAGAAGCUGAUAGAAGCAAAUCCCUUGUUUUGUGAUAAGCUGAACUUCCCCAGCUUGAAAAACUCGAGACUAAGGACACUAAUUAAUCAGAGCUUCAGUUUGAAUUGGCAGCAUCAGCUCUGUAAGAAUCCAAAGCCUAAUCCUGAUCAUUCUUGUGGACCCUCACAACCAAAUGGUGCUAAGGCCCUGUCACCCGUAACUGCUCCACUUAUGGGGGCUGUUCCUAAGGCUGGGGGAUUCCCACCCCUGAGUGCUCAUGGUCCAUUCUCUAGCCAUUUCAGCCAGCACCAGGUCCUCUGGUAA